UAGUGGAAACCCAAUAACUUUCCUACGCGAUGCACAUCAAUAACAGGCUCUCUGAUUGGUCAGGGACACCUGAACGGUGCAUUUGUAAAUGGCUUUCCUUGGGAAUAAUGUAACGUUUUAUUUGUUGUAAUGUAUUAUCAGCACCUUAAAGCAUUUUGUCGCAAUUUUGAGUAACAUUUUGUUGAUCGUCUUGGAUCUGGGAAACGAUGUCGGCCGCAGAAGGCAAUCGCAGUUCGGAACAACUGAAUAAAUUCGAGAAACUGACAGUGAGGCCUCCAGUCAGAGUAGCAGGUCUCCAUAUGCCCCCAGCUCGGAGCGGGCAUCGCUGCGUGGCAGACAACACCAACCUGUACGUGUUCGGGGGGUACAACCCGGACUAUGAUGAGUCGGGCGGCCAGGAGAACGAGGACUACCCGCUGUUCAGGGAGCUGUGGAGGUACCACUUUGCCACGGGCACCUGGCAGCAGAUCCGUACAGAGGGCUACAUGCCCACCGAGCUGGCCUCCAUGUCAGCUGUUUUACAUGGAAACAAUCUGCUGGUGUUCGGUGGCACUGGGAUUCCCUUUGGGGAAAACAACGGGAAUGAUGUCCACGUCUGCAACGUCAAGUACAAGCGGUGGUCGCUGCUCAACUGCCGAGGGAAGAAGCCCAACCGAAUCUACGGACAGGCGAUGGCCAUCAUUAACAGCUUCCUGUAUGUGUUUGGGGGUACGACGGGUUACAUCUACAGCACAGACCUGCACAGACUGGACCUGAACACCAGAGAGUGGAUCCACCUCAAACCCAACAACCCACCAGACGACCUGCCUGAGGAACGGUACAGACAUGAAAUAGCACACGACCGUCAGAGGAUAUACAUCCUGGGAGGAGGGACUUCCUGGACCUCCUAUCCUCUGGACAAGAUACAUGCGUACAACCUGGAGACAAAUUCCUGGGAGGAGAUAUCAACCAAGCCUCAUGAUAAAAUAGGGUACCCUGCUCCCAGGAGAUGUCACAGCUGUGUGCAGAUACGGAACGAUGUGUUUCUAUGUGGAGGUUACAACGGUGAAGUCAUUGUGGCUGAUCUGUGGAAGAUCAACCUGCAGACGUUCCAGUGGACCAAGCUCCCAGCAGUGAUGCCUGAGCCAGCCUAUUUCCACUGUGCUGCUGUGACCCCGGCUGGCUGCAUGUACAUCCACGGUGGUGUGGUGAACAUCCACGAGAACAAGCGGACUGGCUCCCUGUUUAAGAUCUGGCUGGCAGUGCCCAGCCUACUGGAGCUGUGCUGGGAGCGUCUGCUCAAGGCCCACCCCCAGCUGGCUCAGUUACCCACCAUGCAGCUCCUCCACCUGGGCCUCACACAGGAACUCAUUGAGCGCUUGAAAUAAAGGAGGAAGGAUGGAUGAUGUCGGAUGGAGAACACAGGAUUUAUUUUUAAGGGGGUCGCCUUGAAGGAGUUGAUGGUCCCUCUGCCUACGUAGCCCCGCCUUAAAACCAAAAACAAUGGGAUGCCUUUUUUCUUUUUGCGUUUGGACGUCUGAUUUUAAAGGGAAUCCAAGUGGAAUGUUUCUUUACCCCGCCCCCAUUCCCCUGUCUUGCCUGUGUUAAACAAGGUCGCCACCCCCUCACACACGCUUCUAGCCUCUCAAUCCGCCUGCCUACAGACCCAGAAAUCAUUUGCUCCACGGCUUUCAGAUUCACGUCGACCCUCACUACUUUCUCAUUUUAUAUUGGCCUUCAUGACUUUAAUAAGAAUGCCAUUUCAGAGGAAUGAUUAUUUAUUUGAAGGACAUUUAUUUGUAUGUAUUUUCAUGAGACAUUCUGUUCGCCAUUUCUCUCACAUUUAUUCUCUCUACGUAUAAUUAGGAAAGUUAGGCUUGGAGUCAGAUGAAAAGUUACACCAGACAGUUGGCAUGUUUUUGUGUUACAAGGGGAAGGUAGUAUUGGUACCACCCUCAUGCCAGACUUAGACGCAGGUUGUCGUCGCCACUUUUCCCUAUUCAAGGCUUAUUAACAGACAGUCUGAUUUUAAUAGUUUGUGUGUGAAGAACAGACUGAUGCUACUGUAGUUGGGUCUCUAAUAGACCACUUCCCUUUCACCUAAUAUCACACCACACUCCUCAUACCCAUUUAACACUGAUUCAGUUAUCCAAUAUGCAUUCAGGUAUCUUGGAUACAGGUAUUUGAAACAAUUAUCUCUGGUAGUUAUCUCUGAUAUACAGUUCUCUGUGAUGGUUAUCUGUAUCAGUGUCCCAAAUUGCACCCUAUUCUCUCUAUAGUGCACUACUUUUGACCAAGGGACUUAUCCCUUAUACCCACCAUAGUAGAAACCUAAUAUCAAUGGAAGAUGGGUAAGAGUCAAAACACCUGGUCUCCAUUCAUUCUGAAAUGUAUCAGUCACUUUAGUAUGCUUGUGGAAAGUCCAUUUGUAAACUAAAUCAUCCCAUCACUGUGAAUAUGGUGCUCCUUAAAUGUUUUUAUUUAAAUAAAAUGUUCAAUUUCUGUUCCAACUUUUACUCCAUCUUUGCUAAUAGAACAAAUAUUAACAGAUUUUUGUGAAUCUGUUUUAAGUAGAAUACUGACAUUGAUCUGAUUCAUUCAGUGCCUUUCCCAAAGUUUCAAUGAUAUUGAAGUACCACAACCUAGACAGAAGGUAACACGAGUAAUGGUUUAGCUCGAUCCAAACAUACUGACCAUUUAAACAUGACUCCCAUUUGGGAUCGCUUCUCCCUCUCUAUAAUUUCCCCUCCCAAAGAGAACAUAUGCACCACUUGUCAGAUCAGUCAACAAUGCAUUGAAUCUUUAUUCUGUGCCCUUUCCAAACACAUUGAAUCUUUAUUCUGUGCCCUUUCCAAACACAUUGAAUCUUUAUUCUGUGCCCUUUCCAAACACAUUGAAUCUUUAUUCUGUGCCCUUUCCAAACACAUUGAAUCUUUAUUCUGUGCCCUUUCCAAACACAUUGAAUCUUUAUUCUGUGCCCUUUCCAAACACAUUGAAUCUUUAUUCUGUGCCCUUUCCAAACACAUUGAAUCUUUAUUCUGUGCCCUUUCCAAACACAUUGAAUCUUUAUUCUGUGCCCUUUCCAAACACAUUGAACGGCUCCAUUGUCAAGCAAUCAUUGGACAAAUAGUUGAAGCAGCAAUAAUGUGGGAAUGUAUUUAUGCUGCUGUAUUUAUGGAUGCUUUAGAGUUCAUGUUGUACUUGGGAGCUGAAUCGGAACAGUAUUCUGCUGUUAGGCUCAAUGUAUGCAGACAGAGUGCCAGGGUCAGAUAAUCAACACAGAUCAGAUGCUGAGUUGGGAACGUGGUUUAACGCCAAAUAUUAUGGCACCUUGAAUUCAAUGCCAUUAAAUCUGCCUUGUGGAACAAAAUAGUAUUUAUUGAUCAUUGCCAAGGGGGGUAGUUUAAAACGUCAAUGAAUACCCAUGAUUCCCUACUCCCCAUCAAGGAAAUGCCUAAAUCUGUGCCUGUCCUCAUUCUAUUACACCUCUUCUCCGCAUGUCAUUAGCCACCUUUUAAGUUGGAAAAGUAGUCUCCCCUGGACUUGAAUCCUUGCCGUGCAGCAAAUGGUUAAGGCGAUCGCUGAAUUGAUAAUUGUAUUGGUGAAUGUUUAAUUUUUCGAUUGUUGACGAGUCAAUAAACAUGUACUGUAAAUA